AUCAAGUGAUCUGCAAAUUCAAAGUUUUCGUAUAUAGAAGAAGACUUAGCUUCAUCCUUAAUUACCUGUCAUUUCCUUUUCCAGAGUUUCUUUUUUUUUUCUCUCUUUCACAUAUGAAUAUUUUCUUUUUAGCCCUUAAACUUGUUUAUAUUGACAAAAAGUUUUUCACACUUUUAGACCAAAAACAUUGAAAGAACGAAGAAAGAGAAACGAAAAACCUAAUACCACCCUAACUUCCUCUCCCAUGGCGGCUCCGCCGGCGACAAUGCACGUCAAGUCAGACUCGGAAGUAACGAGUUUCGACCAGUCUACUCCCCCGAGGUCCCCACGGCGGCCGCUCUAUUACGUCCAGAGCCCAUCGAACCACGACGUGGAGAAAAUGUCGUACGGGUCAAGCCCAAUAGGGUCACCUCGCCACCACAACUACUACCACUGCUCCCCAAUCCACCAUUCCCGCGAGUCCUCUACCUCCAGAUUCUCUGCCUCACUAAAAAACCCCAGAACUCUCUCCGCCUGGAAAAAGAUUCAGCCAGGACAGGAGUCUGACGAAGACGACGACGAUCAAAACAGCUUCGUUUCGCGAGACAAGGGCAGAAAUAUCAGACUGUUAGGCUUCACUUUGCUUUUUGUAGUUCUUUUUACUCUCUUUUCUGUGAUUCUUUGGGGUGCUAGCAAGUCCUACAAGCCUGAAGUUGUCGUUGAGAAUAUUGUUAUUAGGCGAUUCGAUAUUCAGGCAGGGAAUGAUCGAACAGGGGUAGCCACAGAUAUGUUGUCACUGAAUUCGACGGUCAGGAUCUUAUACAGAAAUCCAGCCACAUUCUUCGGCGUCCACGUCACGUCUACUCCUCUCGAGCUUCACUACUACCAGCUCAAGGUGGCCUCUGGAGAGAUGAAGAAGUUUCAUCAACGGAGGAAAAGUCAUCGGAAAAUAGUGACUAUAGUAUUGGGACACCAAAUUCCUCUCUAUGGUGGAAUUUCAGACGUCGGAGGUGCUAAAUAUGAUGUCGAAAAAGUUGUCGUUCCCCUGAAACUGACAUUCAAGAUGAGGUCACGGGCCUACAUUUUGGGCAAGCUGGUAAAGUCUAAGUUUUAUACAAAAGUCCAAUGCUCUGUCAUCCUCAGGGGCAAAAAACUUGGCAAGCCCUUAAAACUGACUAAUUCAUGUACCUAUAACGAAUAAAUUAUUUGUUCUCUCAUUUUCUAAUUUGGACGGUACCAUUUUGGCUUGGUUGUCUAACCAUUUUGUUCAUCUGUAAAAGUUAUAUAACCUGGCUUUGUCCUCAUUGCUGCAAGCUUUGAAGAACUGUAAUUAUAGGUGCUACUGUGCCAGUGAUCUAGUUGACUUUCCAAGUUGUUUUGAAUGGAAAAUCCCAAAAAUAUUUAAGCUUAAAUGCCUGAAUCCUAUGCUGUGACAGGUAAAA